ACAAACUUAUAAUCACUUAAGAGUUCCUUUUAUGUUAUUUUGUGUCGAAAUUUUUGAUGUCAAAACUGUUGUGAUAAACCAAAGAGGCUUUAGUAUAGACAUAAGCCCAUUUGGAAGAAAUUCCAAGUGAGUUUAACCAUUUAUCAUCAUAACCAAUAGGCUCAUUAGGCUUUUGGGUUAGUCAAGAGCAAGCUUGACCAUUGUUAUCAACUUCAUGCUGUGUUUGUAGGGAUGCCAAACAUGCCUUUCCUUUAUGGCAUGGAUUUCAUAGAAGUUUUGAAGAAGAAACAUGCAGCAGGGACUUAUAGAAAGAUGGUCAUAUAUGUGGAAGCAUGUGAGAGUGGGAGCAUUUUUGAAGGUAUAAUGCCUAAAGAUAUGAACAUUUAUGUAACUACAGCUUCAAAUGCACAAGAAAACAGUUGGGGAACCUAUUGUCCUGAGAUGGAGCCUCCUCCACCCCCAGAGUACAUCGGGAUUUAUAUAGUGUUGCUUGGAUGGAGGAUAGCCAGGGCCACAAUUUGAAGAGAGAAACUAUUAAACAACAAUAUGAAAUGGUGAAGGAACGGACUGCGAAUGCCAACGAUUUCGUCAACGGUGGAUCUCAUGUGAUGGAAUAUGGGAGUAGAAGUAUAAGAGCAGAGAAGCUCUAUCUCUACCAAAAGGUUUUGAUCCUGCCACUGUUAACUUCCCACCCAACAAUAACAAACUACACAUGGCUAUGGAAGUUGUGAACCAAAGAGAUGCAGCUAUACUUCUAGAUUUGCUCAUGUGUGCACUUAAAAAUGUGACUCAAUAUUUAUGAAUUGAUGCAUGUACAAAUUUAAUAACUUUAACCAUUUGUUGUUUUUUUUUUUUAAAAAUAGUUUGUUGUACUUAAAGAUUGUACUAUAAUAUAUAUUUCAUUAUAUAAAGAAAAAAGAAAUUAUUACCA